AUGGUCGCAUAUAGCUUCCGUCACAUAGCGACAAAGUCUCGCGCUAUAAACUACCACAACACACCACCAUACUCUCACCAUCAUUACUACUCAACUGCAACUACUACAUUCAGUCGUCGAGGCCCUCCUCGGCUAGUGGUGGUGAGCUCCAGACUAUCUCUUCCACAAGUAAUCAAUAACAACAUUGGUGGCCACCGCCGUCGUACACUAAUAACUUCCUCGAGUUCACAACUAUUAGUUGGUCAAAAAUACCAUCGCCCUAAAAUAUUACAUCACAGCCACAAAAAUGGUUCAGGAAUGGCAAACCCACGGCUACAACAAGUUCGCUCAAUAAGUUUCACGACCAUACCGCGAUUUCUGUAUCAUGCUAUGCGAAUACCUGUCGCUGGCGUUACAGCUGGAGCUGCUGGUUUGACAUAUGCGAACUACAAGAUUGGGGACCUGGCAAACAAGAGCCAAAACUGGUUGAACUCGGUAACGGAUAGCGUGAAAUCAGUGUUCAACACAGUAGGUUCCGGAUUCGACUUUGAUCUACCAAAACUCGAAUUUCAGUUACCAGAUCAGCACCAAAUGGAAUCGGAUCGACCACGGUUUAUAAAAAAGGAGGAUGAGAAUUCUAAUGAAAGUGGUCAUUCAGACGCGGCUGAUGGUAGUGGUAGUAGUGCUGCUGCUGCGGCAGCAGGUACAGUUGCUCUUUUUGACAUAGAAGAUGAUGAAAAUUCGGAAAUAAGUACACCGACAAGACGGCCAGGCGGUGCUCAAGACGACCAGUUCAUGCUUCUUACGAGAAAGUUGAUUGAAGUUCGUAAUAUUUUGAUGAGUAUAGAUCAUAAUGAGGCAUUAAGGCUGCCAAGUAUUGUGGUGAUUGGAAGUCAGAGUUCGGGCAAGAGUUCGGUCCUGGAAGCUAUCGUUGGUCAUGAGUUUCUACCAAAGUAG